CCUCCUCCCCCUCCCCUGCAGCAUGGUGCUCGCGGCCCCGCUGCUGCUGGGCUUCCUGCUCCUCGCCCUGGAGCUGCGGCCCCGGGGGGAGGCGGCCGAGGGCCCCGCGGCGGCGGCGGCGGCGGCAGCGGCGGCGGCGGCGGCCGGGGUCGGGGGGGAGCGCUCGAGCCGGCCGGCCGCGUCCGCUGCGCCGGAGCCGGACGGCUGCCCCGUGUGCGUGUGGCGGCAGCACAGCCGCGAGCUGCGCCUGGAGAGCAUCAAGUCGCAGAUCCUGAGCAAACUGCGGCUCAAGGAGGCGCCCAACAUCAGCCGGGAGGUGGUGAAGCAGCUGCUGCCUAAGGCGCCGCCGCUGCAGCAGAUCCUGGAUCUGCACGACUUCCAAGGCGACGCUCUGCAGCCCGAGGACUUCUUGGAAGAGGACGAGUACCACGCUACCACGGAGACGGUCAUAAGCAUGGCCCAGGAGACGGAUCCUGCAGUGCAGACAGAUGGCAGCCCUCUCUGUUGCCAUUUCCACUUCAGCCCCAAGGUGAUGUUCACAAAGGUACUGAAGGCCCAGCUGUGGGUGUACCUUCGGCCUGUGCCCCGUCCAGCCACAGUCUACCUGCAGAUCUUGCGACUGAAACCCCUAACUGGGGAAGGGACUGCAGGGGGAGGGGGUGGAGGCCGGCGUCAUAUCCGUAUCCGUUCACUAAAGAUUGAGCUGCACUCACGUUCCGGCCACUGGCAGAGCAUCGACUUCAAGCAAGUGCUACACAGCUGGUUUCGCCAGCCACAGAGCAACUGGGGCAUCGAGAUCAACGCCUUUGAUCCUAGUGGCACAGACCUGGCUGUCACUUCCCUUGGGCCAGGAGCUGAGGGGCUGCACCCUUUCAUGGAGCUUCGAGUCCUAGAGAACACAAAAAGGUCGAGGAGGAACCUCGGCCUGGACUGCGAUGAGUACUCCAGUGAGUCCCGCUGCUGCCGGUACCCUCUCACCGUGGACUUUGAGGCUUUUGGCUGGGACUGGAUCAUCGCACCUAAACGCUACAAGGCCAACUACUGCUCCGGCCAGUGCGAGUACAUGUUCAUGCAAAAGUAUCCACACACCCACUUGGUGCAACAGGCCAAUCCAAGAGGCUCUGCUGGGCCCUGCUGCACCCCUACCAAGAUGUCCCCAAUCAACAUGCUCUACUUCAAUGACAAGCAGCAGAUUAUCUACGGCAAGAUCCCUGGCAUGGUGGUGGAUCGCUGUGGCUGCUCCUAAGGUGUGGGCUACAGUGAAUACCUCCCUCAUAGACCCUACCCCAAGAACCCCGGCCCUGGUCCCCAUUCUCCCACGCCCUAGAGUGCCCUCCACCUCUUCCCAUGAACACCACACCUUGUUCCCUGACCAAGCAGUGUGCAAUACAACAGAGGGAGGCAGGUGGGGAUGGAGGGGUGAGGGGUGGGGAGAAAGGAAGGGCAGUCAGGGUGGAAUGUAUCUGAGAUUUGCAGGUGAGAAGGUUUGGCAAGAAGACACGUAGAGACAGAGGAAGAAGAUGGAAGGGUAGAGAGAGAGGAACAGAGCAACACUGAGAAAGCAAAGGAAUAGAGGCUAAAGAUAAGAGUAGGCAAAGACAGACAAGGAGAAAGAGACUGAAAUGGGAGUAAAGUGAAAGCCCUGCCUCAAGCCUCCUUUUUUCUACCAGCAAAGUGAGGCUUGGUAUAGUUUGGGGAGUUCCCCUGACAACUCAGUAGGAGUAAAUCAAGUCCAUUCUUAGCUUCUUCCUUCUCUCCUUCCAACACCAACCAGAAGUGAAACGAGGAUGGGGCAAAGGAAGGACCUGGGAACUUUUUAUUUAUUUAUUUAUUGUGACUUUUCAUGUUUUUGGUAUUUGGCUUUACUGGAAUGGGAGGGGCCCUGCCCCCCGUGCCCCAUUGGUCCCUUACUCCCGAAACCCUGCUCUCCCCAACACCAACCUACUAAGCACUUGUAUUAAGCCUCCAGGGUUGGGGAUGGGAGUAAAGGGCAAGAGGGCUGACGCAUGGAAGCUUCUAACCC